CUCAUGCACUCUGACAUUAGUAGUGGCAUGAAUUACCUGUAGACCCUGUGAUGAAAUCUGGGGUUUUCCAGACUUCUUUCAGCAUCCAGAAGAAUAAGUGUCCAAGGCUGCGGCUUGACAACUAAAAGAAGUGAUCCCAAAAUAAAAAGGGUUUAAGAACAGUCAAAGGCAAAUGUGUCGGUUUAUUUUACACAUUCCUAGUGAAGAAAGAGACAAUGCUAUUAGACUUUGCUUCCAAAUCGAACUGGCCCACUGGUUCUAUCUGGACUUCUGGAUGCAGAACAUUCCAGGCCUGCCUCAGUGCGGGAUAAGAGACUUUGCUAAAGCAGUCUUCCAGCAUUGUCCAUUUUUACUUCCUAAUGGUGAAGAUAUACAGAGGGUUCUGAAUGAGUGGAAAGAAUACAAAAUGGGAGUGCCAACCUAUGGUGCCAUUAUUCUAGAUGAAUGCCAUGAAAAUGUGCUGCUUGUUCAAGGUUAUUUAGCAAAAUCUGGGUGGGGGUUUCCAAAAGGGAAAGUGAAUAAAGAGGAAGCCUCUCAUGACUGUGCCGCUCGAGAGGUUUAUGAAGAGACUGGGUUCGAUAUCAAAGAUCGCAUGUGCAAUAAUGACUACAUUGAACUGAAGAUUAAUGACCAGCUAGCUCGUUUAUACAUCAUUCCUGGAGUACCCAAAGACACAAAGUUUAAUCCAAAAACUAGGAGAGAAAUCCGGAACAUUGAGUGGUUUCCAAUCGAAAAAUUGCCUUGCCAUAAAAAUGACAUGACGCCUAAGUCGAAGUUGGGAAUGGCCCCAAACAAAUUUUUCAUGGUGAUUCCUUUUAUUAGGCCACUGCGUGACUGGCUUCAUAGGAAGUUUGGUGACUCCUCAGAUAGUGAUAAUGGAUUUGCCUCCGCUGGAAGCACUCCAUCCAAACCAAACGCUGAAAAAUCAAAGUCCAAAGUGUGCUGCAUUUCACAGUUCUCUGAACUAAAUCCAACUGACCAGGCCAUAAAAAACAAGCAGCCGCAAAAGCCAUGCAGUCAUCUCAACACUGCAGAAAUGCUAAAGAACAAGAAUUCAAACCUUAGGAACAAUGGAAAGAAGCAGCACCAAGACUCUCCAAACCCGAAGAAGAAAGCAAAUGGCGCCCAAAAUCAGCAAGUGAAGCAGCAGAUUAGUAUUUUGAAAUCAGAACGGAAGCUCAACCCUAGAAGACUUAAUGACACCUUUGGAGCAGACUCUGCACUUGACAUGUGUUAUCCCAGUGAUGAGCAGCAGUGCGACUCUGAAGAGGCUCCUGACACUUGCCAUGAGACUUACCAGUGCUCUUUCUCUUCACGAGCUUUCUUGAACUUUCACUUUGAUCGUGAUGCCAUCAUGAAAUCACUGGAUAUGUAACCAGCAGUUGCCCAAGAGCUUCAUUAUAGUCCCAUGUGGAGUCACAUGCCUUACCUUCCUCAGGGGUUUCAUGGACAUACAGGGAUGUAGUGUGUUUAGAUACAUGCUUUCCCAAGGACUACUUUUCGCCUUUUCUUAUUUUGGGUGGGUAGGAUUAAACUUCUUGCUCUGUUUUUUGUGCAGCUGGCAAUCAUCAGGAUUUUACCUUUCAGUAUUAAAGUUUCCUCUCAAGUGUGUGUUGUUGGGCAUUGCCUAAAUGGGACCGUAGGCAAUCUUCAGCACUUCAGUUGUCACAGAGCUGGCAGGGGCAUGCUGAGAGUUGAAGUUCUUGCACAGUUUGAGUGCUGAACGUGAUCGUUCCUUGCCCUACCUCUGGUUCUCCUUCUGUUUUCAUAUCUUCCUGAUGUAGAUGUGACACUUGAUUGUUUUUAUCAUUAAUAAUACAUUGUUACGGUGUUUGUUUUAAGGCAAUCUUUAACCUGUGCAUUAACCAUAUUUACGUACUGUAUAGCUGCACUGUGGCUGCCUUGUAUUCCACGUGCCAUUGUCACUUAUUGUCUGUGUCCUCUGAGGUAUAAGGAGAUUUUCUUGAGAAAAGCAAUGGAGACUGCAAUGGAGAAGGAGUCGUGGUGAUAGAAUGAGCCAUACGCACAAGCUGUAAUUGAUGUGAAGUAAAAGGGGUAGUUUCCUUUUAACUAUUCUUGUGCUGGGCAGCACAUUUUAGUAUGGUGUAGAUAUUGACUUUAUUGAUUUUUUAAAUCUGUCUUUUUUUAUUUUUGAACUUUUCCCCUUGUUUCUCGUGCAGCUGUCAGGUUUGGGAUUGUGUGUGUGGUCUGAUUGCUGCAGCUAGGAAGUCGUAACAAUGGAUAGUAAAUGACUUGAAUAUACAGAAGCAACACAGACCCUUUCAGCUUGUUUUGGCUGCAUGGGUCAGAUUCAGCUGCAGGCUGGAAAGGAAGGUUAAUUAGAGAGUUUAAAAGGGACAGUUGCAUAGAAUAUAUUCACCCAUACAGAGAUACAAAAUGUUGAUUCAAAGGUGACUGAUUCACAAAUGAGAACUUUUGUUAACAUUCCCAUAUGGGAAAAGGCAGCAUGGAAUGGAAAUCUUCUAUUCAGUACAUUCUUAUUAUUCUAUAUGGUGUAGUACAGGAAAGGUUUUGUCAUGUUUGUGUAGCAAAUCUGAACGAGCGCUUGGGAUACUGGUGAGCCUGGAAGAAGAUGGCAGCAGAGAAGUGCUGGCUCUAAAUCUAAGGCAAACGCAAUUGGCAAUCUGUUCCAGCGCUGUUAUCUAUCUAAUCUAUCUAUCUCUAUAUAUACACACACAACUCUUAUAUUAAUUGGUCCUGAAGUCGCAUACAUCAGUCACAUGGAAUCCGUUUUAUAGAGGAACAGUGAAUCAGGCCAUAACCUGUUUGUUCUCAUGAUAUUCAAUGGGAAAUGACUAUGUGAGACCUCACUGAGAUCCCAUGCACAAGUUACUUACAGGAAGAAAUCACUGACAUGCACUGAUAGAGGCUCGAAGGAGACUUCACUUGUCACAGGGACUCAACACUGGGCAAAUUUGCUCAUGGGCAGUUACCUAUAGCAACCAAUCAGUGAAUAGCUUUUUGAAGCCAGCUGCAAGUAGGACAAUGAAUGCAGCAAUCUGAUUGGUUGUCAUGGGUCACUGCCCAUGGGCAAAUUUGCCCAGUGUUGAUAAAUAACCCCCACUGACUGAUGUUGGAUGUUCUAAUUUCUCUUUUCCUUCGGGAAACAGUGGAACUGUUCACUUGUACUACAGAGUCUCUCUCUUUCCCAAGUGAUUGUUAUUGGUGGGUGAGUCUAAUGUGCAGACUAGGGGUGUAGACUGUAUAAGCUGUGCCCUCAUAUUUUGUCCGUUAAGGAGAAAUGGCUAGUGAUGAGUAGGGCACCGCUAACCACAAUUAACGGUGAUAAAGACAAUAAUAAUAAUAUUAAUAAUUGUGACUAAACCCUCCUCUAAUACUUAGCAUUACUUUUAUAGGAGAUUUGUUUAAUGUCUAAUCUCUGUAGCAAUAAACUCCCUGCUCUUCAUAUUCAUUGCAGCUUGUGAGUGGUGAAAACAUGUAGUCCUGUUAGUGAGCAAUGACUGGCCAUUCUGUUACUGCAUCAUUGGAAUCCUGUCCUAGAGACAAUGUUUAUUCAGUACAAUCAGGUUUAUAUUAUCCACACGGACCUCAGCUAAUGUGAGAGCUUGGCUCACUGCUAGCACUCCCAUCCACUGACUUCCAUUAAUAUUAGAUCUCACUCCCACGUGUGUCAUGUGCUACAUCCAGCCUGUGUGAUAUUCUGAUUGGAUGAAUCACUAGGGUAUCUGUUGCCCGUGUGAUAUUCUGAUUGGAUGAAUCACUAGGGUAUCUGUUGCCCGUGUGAUAUUCUGAUUGGAUGAAUCACUAGGGUAUCUGUUUCCCCUCUCUAAUCUGUAUACCAGUGUGUCUUACAUGUUUUAUUCCCACAUUAACCAAACAACUAGCUGUGUGACCCAAAUAUAAGUUUUUAUCCGCUGUUACAGGGAGGAAAAAAUCCCACAACAGUUGGUGAUGAUGGUUUAGUUUGGGUGAAUUGUCUGCAAUGUUUUGGGCAGGGACAGGCUGCUGAUAGAGCAACACUAUGACAUCAAGCUAUAGUGUUCAGUACAGGUAUGGGAUCCGUUAUCCAGAAAUGUACUGGAGUUACUGCUUGUCUGAUAUGGAGACACAGAGCCUGGUCUGUAAUGUGCUGCUGCUGUCAGGUUGGAAUUAACGGUCACUGUUUCAAUAAAAAGAAUUGAGCAUUAAACAAGAUUGUACAAGUGCGCGUGCAUAUCAGUAAUGAGUAUAUAGUGAUGUCUGUAGUUCAAUAUACAGAGACAUAACUGUCGCCUGCUUUCUGCCAAGUCUUUGCUGUGUGUGUGGCAGAUGGAGCAUUCAGAAUUAAAGGGAUAGUGUCACAUUAAAGUCUCGGUGGAAUUGCAGUUCUUGUAAUUGUUUUUUUACUUGCUUGGACCAAAACUACUGAAACGAAUCUGUUCGAGCAGCUGCUGCUUGAUCCAACUAAACCUGUAUAGGAGCUGGGCCUUGUCUUGAACACACUUCUGUUUCUAGCCACUUGCAGCUGUUGUGGUGCUGAGUUCUAACUCACAGCCCAAUACUCUUAACACACAGCUCAUUCCAUGUGAGGAACUGUCAGUGCAUUUUUGUAUCAUUGCAGCCCAAGCUGCCAUUCUAUUCAGCAGUAAAUUACUUUUCAGAAAA